AUGUCUGCCAAAGAGGACCCUACAGCAGAGACAAAUGAGAAUGAAAUACAUGAGCUGAAUCCUUUCGCAUUGCAAGCUCAUUUCCCGCAUGGAGCCUUUGAUUUUCACAAGUUUGCCAAAGACUUGGAGGCAGAAUUCCAAGAAGUCCGCAAGCAGCUGCAGAAGGGUUACAACCCUACCAUGAGAAAUGAACACAAUAGAUUAAAGUCCUUCUUGUCCUAUACAUUUCAUUCAUCAUGGUCUUUCACAGAAAUGGCAGCUGCUGGCUUUUAUCACACGGGUGUUAAAUCCAGCGUGCAGUGUUUUUGCUGUGGAUUAGUUUUAUUUGCCAUGAAGCUUAGAUGUACCCCGAACGAACAGCACAAGAAAUUUUCUCCCACUUGUGAAUUUGUCCUGGGCAAAGAGGUGGGUAAUAUUUCAAAGUACGAUGUACGUGUUCAGAAGUUGGAGAAGAACCUAGCAGAGCACGCCUACAGGUACAGCGCGGAGGACGCAAGGCUGCAGUCCUUUGACGGAUGGCCAUUCUAUGCCCGAGGAACAAAGCCUGAUUCACUGGCCAGAGCUGGGUUUUUCUUUGCAGGCAAGAAAGAUACAGUGCAGUGUUUUGCUUGUGGUGGAUGUCUGGGAAAUUGGGAAGAUGGUGAUGAUCCUUGGAGAGAACAUGCUAAAUGGUUUCCUCAAUGUGAAUUCCUUCAAAGUAAGAAAUCAAGUGAGGAAAUUAAAAAGUACAUUGAAACCUACAGUGGAUUUGUUGGAGUGGUGGGAAGGCAUUUCACAUGUUCCCUUAUCAAGGAGAAUUUGUCUACUGCAACAGGUGAUCUCGUCUUGAACAUCUUUGAGGAUGAAGGAGUUCGACUGGACUCUUUUAAAACUUGGCCAGCAGAAGCCCGUGUUGAAGCCACUGCUCUUGCUAAAGCCGGGUUCUUCUAUACAGGAGAAGGCGAUAAGGUACAGUGCUUCAACUGUGCAGGUUGCUUACACAAAUGGGAAGAAGGUGAAGAUCCUAGGGAAGGACAUGCAAAAUGGUUCCCUGAUUCCAACUGCUUGGAGGUACUUGGAAAGUCACUGGAAGAGCACCCAGAGAGCCCGUCGACAUUACAGUCUGCACAGCAAACUCCCUGUAAAGCAAACCUUGAAGAGAAAGCAACCCUAAAUUCUGUAAGAGCUGACAUGACACUUGUUGAAAGUCAGCGUCUUCAAGAAGCAAAGAACUUGACCGAACAACUUACAAAGGCUUACAACAAUAGGAGCUUCAGCAAAUUGUCUUCCUUUGGGAACUCAAACCAUUUGGCUAUUGACUUGAAAUUACUCUAUGGGGACCUAUCAGUUGUCUCAAAGGAUAUUAAUGAUCAGCCAAUACAGCAGCUCUUUUUUCAUGAAAUUCUUGCGAACCUUAACUCCACUAUCGUGCUGGAAGGUGAAGCAGGAAGUGGAAAAACCGCAUUUCUCAGGAAAAUAGCUCUUCUUUGGGCCUCAGGCUGCUGCCCCAUUCUCAGCAGGUUUAAGUUUGUAUUUUAUCUCUCCCUGAUUCAUGCAAGAUCAGAUCAGAGCAUGGCUGAUAUUAUAUGCAAUCAACCAGUAGGAUUUGUAGGACCAUUAACAGAAACAACUCUCAGAGACGUAAUCCAGCCACUGAAAAACCAGGUCUUAUUUCUUUUGGAUGACUACAGUGAGACGAAUUCAGUGCCCCAAGCUGUACAAGAACUUAUACAAAGAAACCAUCUCUACCAGCACUGUUUGGUUGUUGCUGUCCGUACUAACAGGACGAGAGAAUUUCGCAAGUACGCAACAACCACUUUAAGCAUUGCGGAGUUCCCUCUGUCCAGCACUCUGUAUGUACUAAAGAAAUUGUUCUCCUACAACAUUGACCUUGUGGAGCAGCUUGUCUUUCAGGUGGAGUCUAAAAAGUCUAUGCAGACCAUUCUAAAGACACCACUUUUUAUGGUGUCUCUUGCUGCAUAUUGGGUACAGCACCCAAAGGGUAACAUAAUCAGUGAUAAGGCUAUUUUUAAAGCCUAUCUGCUCUAUCACUUACUAAAAUACAGUGAAGAAAGAGAACACGUACUAGCUAUGUUUUCCUCAUGUGGUGAGCUUGCCUUAACUGGUCUUUUCAAGCCAUCCUUUGAUUUCACUGAGUAUGAUCUAUCUGAAGCAGGAGUUGACAGAGAUGAAGCUGUUAGGCUGGGUUUACUGAGCAAAUUUACUGCCCAAAGGCUUCAUCCAGUUUAUAAAUUCUUUCACCCCUUGUUCCAGGAGUUUCUUGCAGGGAGAAGACUGAGUGAGCUCCUGGUUUCUGAUGAAAAAGAAAAACUGGAGAGAGGGCUGCAGUACUUGCAGCAAAUCAACACAUUUAGAAAAGUUGCUGGGCGCUAUAAUUUUUUAUUGGCUUAUACUUGCAGCUUUUCUUCCAAAGCAGUACCCCAAAUUAUAUCCUAUUUAUUUAAAUUGAUUGACUGCAAGGAGUCAUUGGAAAGCCAGUCAGAAGAUGAUGAACAUCUGCAGCACCAUUCAGACCUUCCAAUAAGAAUGUUGUUCAUUGACCAGUUAAGUUCUAUUAAUCCAAAACUGCUUCUUCCAGUUUUCAUGCAGUAUUUACUGGGCUUUGCAACUUCUGUAGCUUAUGAGAGUAAUACCAUCUCUGUGUGUGCCCCAAUCAUUCUUCAGUUCCUAAGAGGCAAAGAUAUUCACUUACAUUCAUUUUUAUCACCAAGAAAAUCUGAGUUGCAUUUUUUUCAGGAUUACCCAGAAUCGCUGUCCCUACCCAGUAGUUUUCAGAUUGCAGUACAAGGAAGUGAACACAAACAGGAAUUUAAUAUAUCUGCAAUAGGUUCUUGCUAUUCUUCACUGGAGAUGCCAACAAUUGACCGGGAUUAUGCUCCUGCAUUUACACUUUGUAAUGACAUGGCACAAAAAGUGAAAAAAGAAGAAAAAGACAUUGACACCUUCCUUUCACUGAUACGAAGACAUCUACCAGACUCCAUCAUGCGUCCUUUUGUACUUACAACAGGGAAGAUGCAGCUUUUAAAAUGUACAUUCAGCAACAUCAGUUCAUUUCAGGAAGCUGACCUCAGAAAUUUGAUGACACUGUUUUCCGUUUCGGAUUAUAUUGAACUUCAGCUGAAUAACAGUCCUGGAUUCAUAGAAGUUAUCCGACCUGCUAUUGAACAGUACAAAGAACAUUUUAAAAAAUGUAGUCUACAUCAUCUUAACUUGAGCAAAACAGAGCAAGAACUACUUCUCUCAAUGUCUUUUCUGGAAUGUCUUGAGGUAGAAGAAAAAGAAAUGCCAGAACUACUUUUUUCAAAUUUGGACAAAUUCAUCUGCCUGGAGGAACUGUCAGUGAGUCAGUGUGAGAACUGCAAUGUAUUUGAUACAAUACCUGAUGGCUUCAAAAAUCUCUGUAACAUGAAGAAAUUGUUGAUGAGCAGAAUGAAGCUUGAAAACAGCUCUAGAUUGGCUGAAUUUGUUAAGAGCUUCCAAGACCUCUCUGUUUUUCACCUGAACUGCUCCAGCUACUUCAAUCCUGAAUCCCUUCUGGCAGCAAUUUCUUCAUGCAAAAAAUUAACAGAAAUCAAGUUAACUGGGUCAUUCUUGAGAGAUCCAUAUUUGCUUUCUUUAGCUGCUGCUCUGCCCAAUUUUGUCUCUCUCAAAGUGUUGGAUCUUAAUAGCCAAUCUUUUGAUGACAAGGAAGCUUGUGAAAUGUUUGCAUACAAUUUAGGUGUUCUUCUUAACCUGGAGGAGCUCAUCCUUCCUUCAGGGAAGGGAAUAAAGUCUGCAGCCAAACUGGUUAUUCAGCAGUGUCUACACCUGACACACCUCAGAUGCUUCUCAUUUAUCACAUGUCUGGGUGAUGACAGCCUGUUAGAAAUAGCAAAGGUUGCAAACUGUGGAGGUUUCCAGCAGCUCGAAAACCUCUUGCUGUCAGCAAAUCAUGACGUUACAGAACCUGGUUGGAGAAACUUCUUUAGAACACUUGAUAACAUGCCUGCUUUAAAAGAGCUGGACAUUAGCCGCAUAUUCACACAUCAGAUCAAAGCCAGUGCACCGACAGUGACGGCGUUUGUCCAGUGUGUUUCUCGAUUGCCUGGUCUUGUGACAAUAUCAAUGCUGGGUUGGCUGCUUGAUGCAGAGGACCUUAAAAUGUUUGACAUCAUGAAGAAGGAGCAUCCCCAGGCUAGGAGUUUAAAAUUAUCUUGGCAAUGGGUCUUGCCACUUUCACCAAUUCUUCAAGACUAG